GUCGGAGAGAGACAGCGCUGGGGCUGCGCGAAGGAGGCUCGUUUUCGGUGCUCAGCUGCGCAUUCGCUGGCGUAAGAAACAGCUGGUUGUCGCCUCGCGAUCAAAACAACGCAGUGCCGCUGGAGACGGGAGAAAGAAAAAAAACCAAGACCCUUUUGUCAACGCUGGAAUCGCUCGGAUUGGCAACUUCUUCGAUGAGGGCUUCGAUGGAUUUACGUCGGGCAAGCCGAGUGAAUUAGUGCCGUGCGGAGGAGCCCUGGCCCUAGCGAGCGAGGCCCGAGUGGAGCGGCAGCGGGCUGUGCGUGUGGAGCCUUUGCCAGCGGUGGCAUGUGGCGUCAGCUGACCGCGGGCAGCCAGCCUCCAGCAUGGUGAAGACGUUCCAGGCCUACCUGCCCACCUGCCACCGCACCUACAGCUGCAUCCACUGCAGGGCACACCUGGCCAACCACGAUGAGCUCAUCUCCAAGUCAUUCCAAGGAAGCCAAGGCAGGGCUUACCUCUUCAAUUCAGUGGUGAACGUGGGGUGUGGGCCUGCGGAGGAGCGGUACUUACUAACGGGACUACAUGCAGUGGCGGACAUUUACUGUGAAUGCUGUAAGACGACGCUCGGCUGGAAAUAUGAGCACGCGUUCGAGUCUAGCCAGAAGUACAAAGAGGGCAAGUACAUCAUCGAGCUGGCUCACAUGAUCAAGGAGAAUGGGUGGGAUUGACAACACGCCCCCGAGGGAGAGGAGAAUACGUCGCCGCCCUCCUCUCCCGUCGCGCUGUUCCACAACGGCAGCCUGCCCCAGCAGCAACAACAGCUGCAGCAGCAGCAGAACCCUCUGCAGGAACAGCAAGAGUACUUCCCACCCUUCUGAAGACCUGAGAGCCCUUCUCAACGGGGCGUCCACCACCACAUCUUCAACGGCGGCGACAACUACGACGAGCGUGUGCGAAGGAGGACGCGCGUGACAAUGGUGCUGUGAACUCUUGUGCCGCAAAACUCUUCCCUCCGCGUCGCGGAUGAACUACAGCGGGCCGAGUCACAGCGAGCGAGCAGGAACCACUCGUGGGACCCAGGAUAUCUUUUUUUUUUUUUUUAGAUCUCUUCGUUGCAAGGAUGUUCUGCCAGGAACGAAAAAAGAAGAAAGAUACGACCGUCGUUGAGACGGGUCGGCUGAAGAACGCUUUCCGCGGGGAGAGGGAAUCGCGUGCCUGCCGGCCUGCUUGCCUCCAAAUAAUUUAAGUGGACUACGUGGAGCGUGCUUUGAGACGAAUGCAAGGAUGAGCGAGCGAGUGAGUUGACUGAAUGGGUCGGUUGAGUGAAGGAGUGACUGAGAGAAAGCGAGCGUGGUGGAGCGAGUGAGUGUAUCAUCCGGGUCACAAAACAAUGUAUCUUUUUUACGGACGCGUUCAUCGAUUAACUGCGUUCUUGAAUGCCACCGCGGCUUUUUCGUGCGUGUGCACCUGUGACUGCCCCAGCAUCUCUGCCCCCCCCCCCCUUUUUUUUUUUUUGCAAUCUUCUAGUCUGCAGUCCGCAUUGUCGUCUGUUGCGUGCUUCUUUUUCUUUUUUUUAACCAUUGCUCGUUGCAGCAUUGCAAGUGGUCCUUCUGACAACAAAGUUUAUCUGUGAUUUUUCGCUAUUAUACACACGUGUACUUUGGAAAACUGUCUGUGAGCGUUGACGGUGUGCGCGUCUCUGUUGCACGAUUGUUGUGUGCCGACCCGACCCGUGGCGUCGCUUCGUCUGUUUACUUUUUAAACGAAAGUGGGGUGUCAGUCCGAGUUUUGUCUUUUUUCUUCUUUGUUUUCGUGCGAUUUUUGGCUCCGUACGUGUACGAGUGGUCUGGUAUUUUUAUUUAUGAUCUUCGUCCUAGCGUGUUGUGUCGUUGACACAAGUGUAUGCCGUGGUGAUUUUUUUAACUUCGACUGUGUAAUAUAUUGCCAUGAGGAACGGGUGAGGAGAGGCAGAUGGUGAGGCCUUAGCGCUCACAGCAUGCACCAAACAUGUCCGACACGCGUCACUCAAAGAAAAUUGCACUGAGGAUAGGGAAUGUUGGUCUCCAAAUUAAGCAGGGUGGUCCCAAAUGCAGCCGUUCGGGCCAUUAUACUGACCGACAAUCAUUAUCGAUGCACAAGUACAGUAAAACCCUCUUUGCGCAAAAAAAAAAAAAAAAGUGCCUGCUCACCCUUGAGCAAGCACCCAUGAAAUCAAGUUACCACCCAUACACUGAGGAAAUGUGGAAGCUGUGUGGGAUUGUGAUGACUCGCAUUGACAGUCUGGCCUCUUCGGAAAGUUACCUCUGCAGAGCACGGAGGGGCUGGAUGCCGCAGAUGUUGCGUCACAUUGAAACCACCGGAAGUUCGCCCCCUUUCCCGAAACUUUUGUCGUUUUACGCAGCUUGGUUGCUACUUGGGAUACACUUUGUCAUCUUUCCUGAAGCAAUUGAUCAGGAUGUAGUUGCUUGUUUCGUUAGCUUGUGAAAAUUUUUGUUCUCUUUUUUGCGUAUUUUUUUAAAAAUGUUUAAAGCCCUAUUUGUGAAGCCAACCUAUACUAUUAGGGAUGUUAAAACUUAAAAAAGAAAAAAAAAAAAGAAAUGCGAAAGAAAAACAAUACAGAAAACAGAACUUCAUUGCUUUCGAAACUUUCCCAACACUGGACUUCUGGUGGAAAUAUGUCUAAGCUACCGGACUUCAUUUUCUUCACAAGCUUGCAAUGUUCGAACGUGGCCGUGCGGUGUCCAGCCUCCUCGGACUUCAGCGUUGAGCUAUUCGGGCUGAAUGCCGAGUUUUGCUUGCUGUGUAAUUACGAAGUUAUGGAAACAAAUCAAGUUGCUAAAUUCUUUAGUAGAGAACAGUUCUACGUACUACAAUGGUGACACCCAUUGAGAGACUACCAGUCAGACAUUUCAGGUGCUUGCUUAAUGGUCAGGGUAGCUUUCUCUCUAUAUAGCUAUCUUUGCUCGUCAACUUAAUGUCUGAAAGAAUUGUGAGUUGGUAAAUAGGGCUUCUCUGAUUUGCUGGAGCGUAUUACCAAAAUUCUGGGAUCUUCUGUACAAUCAGCAGUAUCCUUCUGGCAGUGCAACUGCUGCCUUUCUUCCGUUCGGCUUCUGUAAAGGGUGUUCUGAAUCACUUGUUACAAAAAUGGUCUCUCGAUGCAGUAUGGAAUUUUUUUGGUGUGAAAUGUUGUGACAGAGCUUUCUUUUAGUUCUGUAGACAUGCUGUACACUCUGAUCUUGAAUAGCUGUUCAUUUUUAUUAGUUUUAAAAUUAUAUUUUGAGUCCUGGCAUGGCCACAAACCUGUUACUGCAGAACUGAAAGUAAGUUGUGUGUUAUAGCAUUGAAGGUUCUGCAUCUCUGGUUUUUAACCCAUAGUAUGCCAAAUUUGUUUUUGAGCUUUUGGUUAGUCUGGUAAAGUCUGCCAUGUGGAGAAUUCAGCCUCCCCUUUUUGUGCCAUCUAUGUGCUGAUGAAUGAAUUUUGGUCAAGAACUUUUCAACAAAAUACUAAAUGAAAAUUACUUAACUGUCAGUAGUAAUGUGUAAUCUUAGAUUGCAAGGAUCUACCAAGUUUAAAGAACUCCGUCCGUGUUCCUCCGGUUCUAAUUGGCGCAAAGAUAUGUGGCAAACUGUUUGCGACCUUGCCUUAUUGUUGUUACGUGCAAAGUCACUUCACAAGCAAGCGAAUACGAGUUAUCCCUGUGGUGGCCAAGUAUGAUAAAAGGAAAACAAAAAUUGCUAACAGUGCCAGUCAUAGCUUGGGAACCUCCUGUAUUGAGGAUAGCAAUAAACAUAGUGCGACACAUAAGUGGGAAGUGGGGAGAUAUGCCAGCUACAUUUCCUAAAGAAAAGAAUAGGAGGCAAAGUGGUGUUACCGAAAAAAUACUGGUAAACUUGAACAUUUUCAUAAAGGAGACUGCAAAAGCCGUCCACAUUCAAGUAAAACUUAAAAGAAAGAAAGCAGAGUUUCCAGUGAAUGGGAACCAAAGAUACAGAACCUUAGUUAUGACGCACAAGGUACUGACAUUUGGGGUUUUGUUCAAUAAAACUGUAUUUCUUAUGGUGAGGGUUUUACUCUUGAACGUUGUAAAAAAAUUUAGUUUGUGCCAUUCAGCGGCUGGCCUGUGUGCAAUGGUGUGCAGCACACUUGAAAUCUGUCCAAAACUAUGGAAAUCCGCAUAGGGUCUUUUUGUUAUUGUCACUUGUUGAUGGGAUUUGCAGUUACCCCCUCAGAUAACUAUGGAACGUUACUGCCACUAAUAUAUUGCCCAGAAGUCUACUCGAAUGAAUCUGAAUGAUGAACAUCGUGUUAGAUCUGCACGCCUCUCGCGGAUUUUCAACUGUGAAGAGUGCAUCGCACCUUAGUCACAAGAUAUCUUUUUUAUUCUUUAUUAUUUAUAUUUCGUUAUCAUCCUUUUGACAACAUUGCUGGUUUGUCUUUCUCUAAAAGAGAUUUUUCGGUGAAAUGCUUACUUAAAAGGGAAUAUAAAUGACUUCUGGAGGCUUUUGAAGUUACCUUGGUACACUAUAGACAAAAGUGGUGACACUUUCACCUUGUUCCAAUAAUUUUGAGGUUUCGAUGUUCAUACUUAACUGGAAGGAUUGAAUCUCUGGCUUGUGAACUCUGUCUAGUGGCUAGUGGAGAUUGGUAGCAACUAGCAGUGUCUGCCUCAAUAUGUACCAGUGGCAAUGCGAGCUCGUUCACCAGUACAUUCCUAUGGAAGGAUAGUUAAAAGUGGGUUCUACUGUAUGCAAAAAUUCUAAUUGGUUGUAAAGACCAGAACUGUUGAUAGUUUGCUUGCUGUUUACUGUGGUCCACUCACAAAUUCAGUAGUUAUGCGGUUGUCGUGUGUUGUCUGUUGUGUCAGUGCUGAUGCUAUGAGCAAGCAAAACAAGUGCAUAGUGGCUCCGAAACUGUAUUCUAAGCUCUUUACUCUCUCCUCCCCCGUAUAAUUCGCAUUCUGUUUUUAACCCUCAAAGCUCAGUGUAUUGCUCUAACGUGCAAGGCGUGCAUAUUUUAUAUAUAGACACAUCUACGUACGGAUCAUUGCAUCAGUGACAUUGUUUACUCAAUAGCAGUGGCAUCUGCUCUACAAAUAUGUGUUGCCUUCAGCCAUCAUCACUUUUGUUAAUGUACGAGGAAGGCAGACGAAGGAGCUGCCUUGGGGGUCUGGACCGAUUAGCAUUACGCGCUGUUGAAGUCGUGUGUUGAAGUUCUUUUGCAUAAAGCAAAGCUGCUGUCCCCGUGCAUCUUGCAGUUGUCUUCAGUGUCUCAUGCCUUAACAUAUACACACAAAUUUCAGAAGUUAGAGUUGCUUUAGACAGAACUGUGUGGAAGACCAAGGAAUAAACGUUUGAGCCAUUGUUCGAGGCCCAAAGAAGUAUGA